UGCACGUUCUCCGUCUGGCCGCGCAGUCAGCUGUUUCAUUGCGCUAAGCGUCCAAAUAAUUGAAGUUCUACUGGAAUCGGCCAAACACAUUUACAAUAUGCUCUUCUACUCAUUCUUCAAAUCACUUGUCGGCAAAGACGUUGUGGUGGAAUUAAAGAACGAUCUGAGUAUUUGUGGCACAUUGCAUUCGGUGGAUCAGUAUCUGAAUAUCAAACUUACAGAUAUUAAUGUUACGGACCCCGAUAAGUAUCCACAUAUGUUAUCUGUGAAAAAUUGCUUCAUUCGCGGUUCCGUUGUGCGGUACGUCCAACUGCCAGGUGAUGAGGUAGAUACACAAUUGCUACAGGAUGCCGCACGGAAAGAAGCCGUUGUGAGCACGAGAUAAAAAAACGUGUUUAUUGUAGUUUAUACUUGGGUACAUCCUCAUAUAUUAUCAAGUCAGUAAUAUUAUAUUUAUAGUUUGACAUUUUAGAAAUGCUCGAUAGCGGUUUGCUAGUGCUUUUGUGAAUGGUAAAAUUGAAAAUAACACCGAAUAUAAAAACUUGAAGAAAAAGUGAAAUGAAUGAAAUCAUAAAA